GGUAGUGGGGGCUCAGUGUGCCAGCGGCCGCCGUCACGGAAACACACGCGGCUCCUCGCGGCGCCGCCUCCUUCUCCCGCCCCCUCAACUCUCUUGCGGAUCAUUACUUCGACACGCAGUGCAACGCGCUCAGUGUUGAGGCGCUCUACCACCUCGUGUAUAUUGCAUUGUUGCUCUUGCAGCGUCAGCCCUUCGCACGCUCACUGGCAAGCGUGUUGAUAUCCAAGUGACUUGUUGCAGUGCCAACCUUGAGACGCGCAGAACAGUGAGGUCGCUAAGGUGUUGUGUGAGGUAUUGAGGCACCUGAAGAAUUGAGGAAAGUGAGGCAAGAGUGUGCAACAAGUGACUGUGCUGACGUCAGCCGCGGAAAUUGAGUGGUAUAGUUAGUGUGUUCCGCCCAGCGUGUUGUGGCCCUCAGCUCGCAGGGUGGUGGCACUGUUGUGGGUGUGACCGUAGUGCCUGGCCCCAUGGCCCUCUGACCCCCCCUCGUGAGGGGUCACCCGCAGGCACAGAUGAGUGGGUCACACCCUCACCCGUCCACCUCACCCAGUGGUGCCAGGUGACGACACGCCAUGUUGAGCACAGCAGUGCCGCCUGGGGGCCACCCUGGGGGCCACCCUGCGGCCUCCUGGGCCUCCUGGGGCUCCUGGGCCUCGGCCUCCACCUGCACGUCCUCCUGCAGCUGGCACUCGACGUACUCCCCUCGGGCGUCGCCGGGGCACUCCCAGGUGUGGGCCAACCCGGGCACCACGCCCUGGCCCGGGGCCCACGAUGCCCCGUGGUCCCUGCCCGUGGACAUGGGCGGCGUGGGCUGGGGGCCUGCCGCCCACUCCCUUGCCACGCCCUCAGACACCACCAUGAUAGUGAAGGCGGCGCGGGCGCGGCGCCCCUCGGUGGUGGCUGCCAUCCUUGCCCUCCACGACCUCCCCCAGUGCCAUAACGUGCCCAUGCCCCGCUCGGCCUCCGCGCCGCCCCACCGUGCCCACUCCGUGGACGCCGGGGCCUUCUACAGGUACUACGAGGGCAGCGUUUUGGGCCCCGCUGCCACCGCUGCCCUCGUCACCCCCCAUGCCCAUGCCCAUGCCCAUGCCCCGGACACGUCGAGCAGCAGCAGCAGCAUGUGUGGUGGGCUGGUGGGCGGCCCACUCUCCUCCCUCGUGGUGGCCGUGCCCACCAAACUGGAGGGAUUUCUGAAGCUCUUCGCCCAGUCACUCCACCUCGUCCUCACCGCCAUGUGCUCCAGGAAAGCGCGACGGAAGGACCGGGAGUGUUCGGCGGCUCAAGAGCAGGAACACAAACUGUACCUGGAGGAGGCGGUGCUGGAACGCAAGAUACCAGAGACGGACCUUCGUCAGCUGGUGGAGCUCCCGCCCGGGCUAGGCUAUGAGGAGUGGCUCGCGUCUCAUACAAUCGACUUCUUUCAACACAUCAACCUGUUGUACGGAACAGUAUGUGAGUACUGCACAAUGAGUGGGUGUCCAGACAUGACGGGGCCCACCACCAGGCAGUACCUGUGGUUUGAUGAGAAAGGCAAGAAAACCAGAGUCGCAGCACCUCAGUAUGUUGACUACGUCAUGACCUUCACCCAGAAGACCAUUAACGACGAGUCAAUCUUCCCUACAAAAUUUGAAAACGACUUCCCAGUUUCUUUCGAGUCUAUUGUAAAGAAAAUCCAUCGGUUGCUGUUCCACGUGUUGGCCCACUUGUAUCACAGCCACUUCCGUGAGAUGGUGCUGCUCAACCUGCAUGCCCACCUUAAUUGUAUUUUUGCGCACUUCAUACUCUUCAAUGACCGCUUUAGACUCAUUGAUGAGAAAGAGACGGAGAUCCUGCAUGAUCUUGUUGUGGCUCUAAAACUUCAUCCAGAGAGUGAACCAGCAUCCUCCUCCAAUUCCACAACCACACCAUCCACCACCAUAAGUUGUAGUCAAGUAGGGGGUCCUGACUGUAGUGCUAGUCCAAACAUGAGCAACAGUGAUGCUACUACAGCUGCAACAUAUAGCACUUUAUCAUCCGAGGGUGAAUGUGGCAACUGUUCCACUCCUCAGGAACAGCAGCUAUCAUAUACAGCAGACAUCACUACAGUCAGCAAUGACAGUAGUAGUGGAUUAACACCUGCAGCAGAAGACACAGCAGAAGGAGGGUCUGGGCCCCUACUCCUGGGUACAGAAGCGGUUCCAGACACACGGCCAUAGUAAUCCCUCGAGCUAGUUUAACCAAUGUAUGCGGGUACCCUGGCCUGGCCCCCACCCCAUGCCCUGACCCUUGUAGUCAGUGAGCACACACUGGUGCCGCACCUUAGCCUUAUCCAUGUGUGAUGGUGUCAUCUAUGGCUGGUGGAGAGGCCAGGCAGGGGUUCCUAGAAAUAUGUUGUGUACAUAUGUGUUGUAAAGUCCCUAGAUCAUAACUAUUGCUAUACAAAUACUAUUUAUAUUUAUCCUGCGUUAUCACAUGAGCACACAUUCACCAUAAAGUGCAUUGUUUUCACCUAGACUCGUGGAGAGCAAGUCAACCAAGGUGAACACAUGGCCAUCAGCAAGCUUUUAAGUAGAUGCAAAAUGAUUGUCAAGAAGAGUUUGGAUGCAAACUUUUAUUCUUGUGAUUUUAGUGUUACAGUAUAUAUAAAACAAAAAUAUUUUUAUCAAGUUGGUUUGGUUAUCAUCAAAUAAAAAUGCAAUGGUGUUUGGUUCAUGUUCAGGUGCUUGGCAGGGAAUUAUUUCUCAAAACUAUACUGAUAAGUUUUGUGAUUACUAAAAGAAAAUUUCCAGCCAAGUUUCUAUUUUUUCUUAUGUAAGUAGGCUUCUUAAGUCCUUACUAGUCGACAUGUGAUGUGUUUCCUGUUAGUUUUCCAUAUGCAGUACAAACUUCCCCAAGAAAUGUUUUAGUUCUAUUAUUUGACUUGUAUUGUUAUUUGACUUUGGUUUACACUGAGAGCACAGAAGCAUUUAUGUUGUAUUAGUUACCAGUACACACAUAUAUUAUAUCAUUUUCAGUGAUAAGCACAUAAUUCCUUUGUAUUAAACCAUUUCUUAUGUAUUAAAGAGAGGUUCAAUGUACCUUUCUUUAUUUAAAUAUGUACUUACUUAAUUAUAAAGCGAGAAAGGGAUUGAUCAUAAGGAAAUUAUGUUCAAUGAACAAAACCUGCUAAUAAUUACCUCAGCAAAUGUGAAGCAUAAGACACUGUACUGGUUAGCUUUAGCAGUUUUAGAAGAGUCGUGCAUAUUCUGAGUAACGAUAGUAUCUUCCCAAAUAGAUUAUUAAAGACUAUAGGUCGCUUAUCAGCGUUUAUGGCAUCUGUUGCACUACUACAGCUGUGGUCGUGUUUGUGUGAGGGCCCGUGUAUUAUCCGAGAUAUUUUGACUAGAUUGUUGUAGAAAAGGAGAUUGUGAUAGUAUUUAUGCUUCUACAGGCAAUACGUCUUGUGUAAAAGUGACACAAACAUGACCAUGGGGGCACUGACGGGAGAAAUUAAAUUUUAUUAAUUAAAUCAUAGUACAAUAUUAAAUCAUGCUGUAUUUUCUCAUGUUUAUGAAUAGCAUGACCUGGGAGUUUGAGAAAAAAAACUAUUUUUGUUAUUUAUCCUGGCACUUGUACAAAUUCUUGCCGACUUACAAUUUUUAUGGAUUUUGAAGAAAGUCCCCCCUGGAGUUAGUGGCGACAAGCAUAACCUGGUAAUCUUUUACUGUCACAACCUUCCUCUUCUUGCCAUAACCAAACUGCUCCUAGACCAGGCUGUUGCAGGGAAUUUAUUUGUCCUAGUGAAUUAUGUACUGUGUAAUUAUUUAUUUUUAUCUCGUUUAAUAGGUUGAGAUCAAUUUCUAAUUAAGAGAUCUUACAGGCAAGGAUUGCUGGAGUGAUAUGCUGAAUAUAUUAGAAUGUAUAUGCUGAUGUUGUUUGCCUAGUGAAAUAUUAUUAUUGAUGACAGGUAUAUUCCUUUUAUCAGUUUGACUGAGAUGUAUAUAAUGCAGAGUUAUGGUGAUGUUAGUAGUAAGAAGUCACAACCCUGGCAUGAAUAUUGUGGAGCAUUAGGUGUGAGCCCCAAUAUUAGUGUGCUUUAUAAGCCCAGGGCAGCUCACAGCUCUUAUGCAUCUUGCUAUGAAAGACAGCCAGCAUAUCAUAAAUUGUGAAUCUGUCUUUUACAGCUUCCCAGAGCAAUGUUUACAGGAUAAAAAGUGAUGUUACAGAUUGUGAUAGAUCUUGAGAUGGUUAUCUUGAGAUGAUUUCGGGGCUUAGCGUCCCCGCAGCCCAGUCCUCGACCAGGCCUCCUGGUCAAGGAGGCCUGGUCGAGGCCUCUUGAGCAUCUCCUGGUCGAGAUGAGGCAAGUUGUGACGGUGAAUUGUGGGGAGCCUGAGGAGGCAACAUUGGUGCAUACCUGGAGCAUGCAGGAGCCGCCAAGGUUCACACUCGCCAUCUUAAGCAUCGCCUUCCUAAGCUUUAUAACUCAGGAUUGGUUUUCCCAAAGUUUCAUUUGUUGCCAAAAUUGUGGCACUAAAUUUAGCAAAAUAUAUUUUGGAAGUAAAAAGUAAGCAGUACUUGUUCCUCUGUCAACUGCAUGAUAAAAUCCCUAUAGCCCAGAUAUUAAUGCAUUUUCUAAAAACUUGUGUUCUUAUGAUGACAUUACUUCGUCUAUAAAAUUCAACUUUGUUAAGAGUUAACAGAUUCGUAUAAUUUGGUCUUGAUGGAUGGCGAUGAAACAGUCCACAUGCCUUCCUGAACUAUGUUAAAACUACAGUACUGAUUUUACUGAUAAAAGCAGUGUGCUUUUCAAUUGGAGUGAAUCAGUGGCAUUGUCACUACUGCUAUUAAAGGCAGACGACAAGCCUUUUACUUUUUUCCGACUUGUGAUAUGUACGGAGAGUGUAGACAAAUAUUAAGUGGGUGAUGGUGUAGGGUGAUGGCCAGGGCACAGCAGUCAUGUAUCCUAUAGCUGUGGUAGUCAUGGUUGUGUAGCAGUGAGAGUUAGGGAAGUCUUAAGCUGUCACCCACACCAAUAGCAGACCAAAAUUAAUCCUGCCACCCUAGUGAGUGAGCCAAUCUCUUUUCUGCCAUGUGUUACCUGUCCCACAUUAUGGCCUUCCCCCACCAACACAAUGAGCAGCAGGCAACAAUGUGAGUGUGUGUGGGACUGCUGCAAUCCUCACACAUCAGCUUAGUGCACCAGUCAAAUUUUAACUACAUUAUGGUAUAACAUUGUCUUGAAUGUGUGAAGCCAUCUAGGCAGAAAGUCUUCAGAGUUUAAAUAUAGGGCAUUAUUGACUGUUAUAUUGGUGUAACUAGACAGCUGGCAUUCCAUAUUUACACAUAACUGCUUCCUGUUGCUCCUAGGGCUACAGGGACUUGUAGUCCUAAGGCGGGUGGGAUUGAUUUUGGAAAAAAUAUCACUUUGAUCCUUGAGCUUUAAGGGAAAAGGUGAAAUAUGGGAUAAUGGGGUGGGUUAAGGGAGGAUAUUAGGGUGGGUUGGGGGACGAGUUGUGGAUGGGGGAGAGGCUGAUGAGGGUCACGCCUGAAGCACUUGUAGAGAGCGGCGUGUGUGUGUGUGUGUGUCAGUUAUUCCUUGUGAUACUCUUGAUCCUCUAUGAUCAGCUUAAUGAGACAGGAAAUGUUUUAAGGAAUAAUUAUUAUUGCAAAAAUAAUAAAAAUAAUUUGCACUGAA